AUGGUGUCCGAAGUUCAUCCUCCCUCGCUGUGCCCGCCCACGUCGGCAUCAGCCUCAGAGCGCCGGCAGUGGGAACGGAUAUUCGCGGCCCUCAUGGAGAUGCUGCGGCAGCGACAGGGCCAGAUCGAAACCCUAGCCGGGGACCGCAAGUUUCUUCAGGACUAUGUCCUAUUGCAGCAUAAUCGAUGGGAAUCCAAGGCUCAACUCUUGGAGUCCCAAAUAGCUCAGGCAAGGACGGAGGAUGAUCAUUCCUAUCGCCUGUUGAUGUUGGGUUUCUAUCGUCCUCCUCCGGGUUAUGAUGCCAUCCGUUGUCCCAAAUUCAUGCAGAUGAAGAAGGUAGAAGAGAUGGAGCGUCUGGCGUACGCGGCCAAGCUGGAUCUCAUGCUCGGACUCAAACAGAUGGAGGUUUCUCGCUGCAAGGAACUAUUCGGUAAGCAAUGGCGGUACCUGAAACUCCAGGUCCUUUUCUGUUCCCGCUUAGAUCUGUACUCAAAAUUUGAUCUCCUUUUACCUUAUUAUUUUCUUUUAUCUUCUUUUCUGUGCUAUCUUUAUAUUAAAUCCAUUUUCUGUAGUCACUCAGUAAUUUGCAUUUUUUUCCAUUAUUCUAUUAUUUUUACUUGAUUUUAUUUCAUCUCUUCAAAUAGAGAAUACGGAGAGCGAUUUGCAAGAUUUCCAUGAAUGCGUGGAAACCUUGAACCGUGAAAUCUCUCUUUUGAAGGUACUCAUCCCCACCCCCGAACAAAAGCUUCGACAUUGUUAUCUAGAACACCUUCAUGUGAUUAUUUUUACCUUUUUUUCAGGGGAAUAUUGAGCAGAUGAAGAGUAGCGAAGGUGACAUGAGAUCGAUGAGUUCAGGAGAGAACCAGCAGGAUGAUGGCCAUCUCUGCUCAGGCUCAACGGAGCCGAGGAACUGGAAGCAGGCUUACAAGAAGCUCAGCGCCAAGAAGGAAGCUGAGGUCACUGCUUUGCUGGCGGAGAAGGACUUCGUGUGGCAUCAGUUCAAGAAGAUGGAGGGUGAGUACACUGGACUCCUCAAGAGCAAGCAGGUAGAGGUCAACCAGGCUAAUGAAGCGGCGGAGAAGCUUCAGGCCACCGUGGAGAAGUUGCAGUCGUCGGUUUUUGACAAGGAGGAGAUGAUUUCCAAUCUAAGGGCGGAUGUAUCUAGAAUGGAAGUAGAUUUGCGAAGCCGCACCCGGGAAGCUUCGAUGAACGACGAGGAGGUGAAGAAGCUCCAGUUUUCUGUGAGAGAGAAGGAUGCCAUGAUUGCCAAGUUGCAGAGAGAAUUGGCUAGAACAGAGGCCAAUUCGAGGAAGUCCAGCGGCAAAAAAAUGCCUAGAUCCUCGAAGGAAGCGAGCUUGUUAAGGAGAUCUGCAGGACGCUCAGUGUCCAAGGGGAGGAGCCAGGGGGUUUCUGCAAGCCGGAGUAGCAUUGUUCACUGUGAUUCAUCAGGAUCUAGAAUAGCUGACUCGGUAAGUCCUCUGUAUCUAUUCCUGAAAAAAACUGAUAUCUGAACACCCACCUUUAAAGAUAGGGUGAUACUUUGGUUCUUCUCUGUUUUAACAGAAUCAGGCUUUAAAAAGUACGAAUGAUCACUCCUCCACGAUAACCCAUUAUUCUGUGGUUUAGAUUCGUGGAAGCCAUUGUUUGGUUGACUUUUUGAGGAUUUUUAGAGUAAGAAGACGAAUGAUUUCUGUUGUCAGUUUUCUGACUCAAAAAAUCAGGAUUAUUCUGUAUUGGGGAUCACACCCCUCCACAGAAACCAGUUAUUCUGUGGUUUGGAUUUCAUGUAACAACUCUCGUUGACUUUUGAGGGUUUGUGAUGCAUGAAAUCAUGAACUCUCAUUGUGAGUUCUCUUACCGAAUGUAGGAAAUUGGGGCUCUAAAUAAGUUCAUUUUCCUUCAUUUGAUUGACUAUUUGUGGAUUCACACUGCAAUGAUGGAAUGUUUUGCGGGAGGAUUUUGAAUUUGGUUGUAAGAUCCGAGUUGAUGCGUUGACCUUUUGUUUUUCAGGGUCUGAGAAUGUCUUCAAAGAGAAAGUCACUGACAUCGAUGCCAGCGUUAGACAGCCCAAAGCUGUUCUCGUCCUCCUUCAAGGUGCCCAAGCUGAGGCACCCCUCCCCUGCUCGAUUCUGA